AUGGCCAAUGGCAUUGAAGAUCUUAUUGGGAUCCCAUUCCCGAACCACAGCAGUGAAGUCUUAUGUGGUUUAAAUGAGCAGCGGCAUGAUGGUCUCCUCUGCGAUGUCAUCCUCAUUGUACAGGACCAGGAGUACCGGACCCAUCGGUCCGUCCUUGCUGCCUGCAGCAAGUACUUCAAAAAACUCUUCACUACUGGCACUUUAACAGACCAGCCCUAUGUUUACGAGAUUGACUUUGUCAAGCCUGAAGCACUUUCUGCCAUCCUUGAGUUUGCCUACACCUCAACCCUCACCAUCACCACCUCAAACGUCAAGCACAUCCUUAGCGCUGCCAAGAUGCUGGAGAUCCAGUGCAUUAUCAACGUAUGCCUUGAAAUCAUGGAGCCUGACAGAGAGGUGGAAGAGGAAGAUGACAAAGAGGACGAAGAUGAUGACGAAGAUGAAGAUGAAGAGGAGGAGGAAGAGGAGGAGGAGGAAGAAGUGGAAGAUUUUGUCAAUCAGGAGAACCUAACCGAUGUCCAAGAAGUAAGCUGUCACCAAAGCCCUUCUAAGUCUGAUCUUACCGAAGAAGCAUACACAGAAGCACCUAAAGACUUUCCAAAUCACUACCCAGCCAAUAACUCCUCUGGACACUUGGGCGUGAUACGAGACUUCUCCAUCGAGUCCUUGCUAAGGGAAAACUUGUACCCUAAGGCGAACAUCCCAGAAAGGAGGCCAGCUCUCUCUCCUUUCACCCCUAGCUUCUUCCCCCAUCUAUGGAACGGCGAUUUUAGCUCCUUCUCCCAGCUCGAGGAGCCACAAGUAGACAACGGCCCCUUGGAUCUGGUGAUCAAAAAGAGGAAGAUUAAGGAAGAGGAGGAGAAGGAAGACCUGCCUCCGCCUCCUUUCCCUAAUGACUUCUUCAAGGACAUAUUUACCAACACCCCAGCAGCUCCCUUAGGGCAUAUUAAGGCAGAGACUGACUACAGUGCUUAUCUCAAUUUCCUAAGUGCUACCCAGUUCGGAGGAGUCUUUCCCCCAUGGCCCCUGGAGGAAGAGAGGAAGAUAAAGCCCAAGGCAUCCCAACAAUGUCCCAUCUGUAACAAAGUCAUCAUGGGAGCUGGCAAGCUGCCCAGGCACAUGAGGACCCACACGGGAGAGAAGCCGUAUAUGUGCAAUAUCUGUGAAGUUCGCUUUACCAG